CAGCGAACAUCACACUAGAGCCGCCUGAUUUCUGAUUGCUCCGCGGGAGAGGGGAAGAGACAGACAUUGAGAGGGGCGAGCGGCAGAGCCGGGGACGGCGGCGGAGGGGUCGGGGAUGCCGCCCCGCAAGUUUCCUUGACGCCUUCGGGAGCGUGAGGAGGCGCCCGGCCCUUCUCCCACUCCCGCCUCAGGAACUCGGCGGCAGGUGCGAGACGCUCCACCGUGGGAAACUGAAGCCCCUCAGCGCUGUCUCCGGCCGGGGAUGCGGGGGGCCGUGCAGCACGGACGGGGGAGGAGGCUGCUCCCGCGGAGGAGACUGCUGAAGCUGCUGGGGGCGCUUCUGCGGGGCUGAAGGUGCCACCGGCCGGAGCCGGCGGAGGGAGCGGGGCGCGACCCUCCCAUCCCCCGAAGUUGCCGGCGCUCUCCCGGCUCCCAGCGCCGCCACCCAUCGCGGCAGGGCGGCAGCGGGGGCUCCCGGCGCCCCCGCCCGCCCGCGCCCUCAGGGCCUCCGCCGUGCCCCGGGACUCCGCUGGUGGAUGCGCCCGCCCCGGCCCGGGCAGCCCCCGGCGGCAGUGCAGGCAGCCCAGCCCGCCGGGCCGCACCGGAUCCAGCCGGGCCGGCGGGCGGGGGAGCCGCGGCGGCGUUCCCCGCUGGCCUGAAGGAGGACGGGGAGCCUCGGCGGGCCCAGGACGCGGAGCGCUCGUCGGGCACCAGCCAUGGGGUGUUGUGAGGUGAGGGGAUUGCUCUGGAGAGUCGGCCUCUUCCUCCCCCUGCUGACAGCGCGCCCCGCCGCCGCCGGUCACGUCGCCAGCAACCACGUUGUGUUACUUGAUACUACAGCUGCCCUUGGAGAACUAGGAUGGAAAACAUUUCCUUUAAAUGGGUGGGAUGCCAUAACUGAAAUGGAUGAACACAAUCGUCCCAUUCAUACUUACCAGGUAUGUAACGUGAUGGAACCAAACCAAAACAACUGGCUUCGAACAAACUGGAUCUCCCGUGAUGCUGCACAGAAAAUUUACGUGGAGAUGAAGUUUACCCUGAGGGACUGCAACAGUAUUCCAUGGGUACUGGGAACCUGCAAGGAAACUUUCAAUCUCUACUACAUGGAGUCAGAUGAGUCUCAUGGAGUAAAAUUCAAGCCAAACCAGUACACCAAAAUUGAUACUAUUGCAGCUGAUGAGAGUUUUACCCAGAUGGACUUGGGUGACCGCAUUCUUAAACUCAACACAGAAGUUCGUGAGGUUGGGCCAAUAAACAAGAAAGGAUUCUAUCUUGCUUUUCAGGACAUUGGAGCAUGCAUUGCUUUGGUUUCAGUCCGUGUUUAUUACAAAAAGUGCCCUUUCACGGUCCGUAAUUUGGCUAUGUUUCCUGAUACUAUUCCAAGGGUUGAUUCUUCCUCUUUGGUGGAAGUACGGGGCUCCUGUGUGAAGAGCGCUGAGGAACGUGAUACUCCAAAAUUGUAUUGUGGAGCAGAUGGGGAUUGGCUUGUGCCUCUUGGACGAUGUAUCUGCACUGUAGGAUAUGAAGAAGUGGAUGGCUCCUGCCAUGCUUGCAGGCCUGGAUUCUAUAAAGCAUUUGCAGGAAACGUGAAGUGCUCCAAAUGCCCUCCACACAGCUUGACUUACGUAGAAGCAACUUCUGUCUGUCAGUGUGAGAAAGGUUACUUCAGAGCUGAGAAGGACCCACCAACUAUGGCAUGUACCCGGCCACCUUCUGCUCCGAGGAAUGUGAUUUUUAACAUUAAUGAAACAGCUCUCAUGUUGGAAUGGAGCCCCCCGAGUGAUACUGGAGGAAGAAAAGAUCUCACUUACAGUGUCAUCUGUAAGAAAUGUGGGUCAGAUGCCAGCCAGUGUGAGAUUUGUGGGGGAGGUAUCCGUUUCAUCCCCAGGCACACAGGUCUCAUCAACUCCUCUGUGACAGUGCUUGACUUUGUGUCACACGUGAACUACACCUUUGAAAUAGAAGCCACCAAUGGGGUCUCGGAGCUGAGUUUCUCUCCCAAGCAGUUCACAGCUAUCACGGUUACCACAGACCAAGACGCACCCUCCUUGAUAGGUAUGGUAAGGAAGGACUGGGCUUCCCAAAACAGCAUUGCCCUCUCCUGGCAAGAGCCGGACUUUCCCCAUGGAGCCAUUCUGGACUACGAGAUCAAGUACUAUGAGAAAGAGCAUGAGCAGCUCAGCUAUUCCUCCACAAGGUCCAAGGCUCCAAGUGUUAUCAUCACAGGUCUCAAGCCAGCCACCAAGUAUAUAUUUCAUAUCAGAGUCAGGACGGCAGCAGGAUACAGCGGCUAUAGCCAGAAGUUUGAAUUUGAAACUGGAGAUGAAACUUCUGAUAUGGCUGCGGAGCAGGGACAGAUUCUUGUAAUUGCCACGGCUGCUGUUGGUGGAUUUACUCUCCUGGUCAUCCUCACUUUGUUCUUCCUGAUCACUGGGAGAUGCCAGUGGUACAUAAAGGCCAAAAUGAAAUCUGAAGAGAAAAGAAGGGCUCAUUUGCAAAAUGGAGAUUUACGUUUCCCAGGAGUCAAAACAUACAUUGAUCCGGACACAUAUGAAGACCCAUCUCUUGCUGUGCAUGAGUUUGCAAAGGAGAUAGAUCCUUCAAGAAUUCGUAUUGAGAGAGUUAUUGGGGCAGGUGAGUUUGGAGAAGUAUGCAGUGGACGUCUGAAGACACCAGGAAAAAGAGAGAUACCUGUUGCCAUUAAAACUCUAAAAGGCGGCUAUGUGGACAGGCAGAGAAGAGAUUUCCUGAGAGAGGCUAGUAUCAUGGGACAAUUUGAUCACCCAAAUAUAAUUCGCCUUGAAGGAGUUGUUACAAAAAGAUCCUUUCCGACCAUUGGGGUGAAGUCUCUUUCGAGAUUCCUGAGGGCGGGAUUUUUAAAUAGCAUCCUGGCCUCACAUCCAGUGUCAGGGGGUGGAUCUUUACCCCCCAGCAUUUCCUCUGGCAGACCAGUAAUGAUUGUAGUUGAAUACAUGGAGAAUGGAUCCCUUGACUCAUUUCUGCGGAAACAUGAUGGCCACUUCACAGUCAUCCAGCUGGUGGGCAUGCUGCGGGGGAUUGCAUCUGGCAUGAAGUACCUCUCAGACAUGGGCUAUGUACACCGCGAUCUGGCAGCCCGUAAUAUCUUGGUCAACAGUAACCUCAUGUGUAAAGUCUCUGAUUUUGGUUUGUCACGAGUGCUAGAGGAUGAUCCUGAAGCCGCUUACACAACAAGCGGUGGAAAAAUCCCCAUAAGGUGGACUGCUCCUGAAGCGAUAGCUUACCGGAAGUUCUCUUCGGCAAGCGAUGCGUGGAGCUAUGGGAUUGUAAUGUGGGAGGUGAUGUCCUAUGGUGAGAGACCAUACUGGGAGAUGUCCAACCAGGACGUUAUACUGUCUAUUGAAGAAGGCUACAGGCUUCCAGCUCCCAUGGGCUGCCCAGCUUCUCUUCACCAACUAAUGCUUCACUGCUGGCAAAAGGAGAGGAACCACCGUCCCAAAUUUAGUGACAUUGUCAGCUUCCUAGACAAACUGAUCCGCAAUCCGAGCACCCUUCAUACGCUAGUGGAGGACGUACUUGUAAUGCCAGAUUCACCUGGUGAAGUUCCAGAAUAUCCUUUGUUUGUUUCAGUCAGUGACUGGCUGGACUCCAUAAAAAUGGGUCAGUAUAAAAAUAACUUCAUGGCAGCAGGUUUCACAACUUUGGAUAUGGUUUCAAGAAUGAGUAUUGAUGACAUUAGAAGAAUUGGAGUUGUACUCAUUGGACACCAGAGACGAAUAGUCAGCAGUUUACAGACUUUGCGGUUACACAUGAUGCACAUACAGGAGAAAGGAUUUCAUGUAUGAAAGUACUAGAAUCAACUGUGUUUUGUGCCUCAGCAUUUCUAAUAUGGAAAAAUAUUCUCAUUCUUCCCUUCUGCUCUUCCCAACUUCAAGAACUUCAGUCUCCUCUUCAGACUAUAAAAGUACUUCUAUGUUAAUGCUUCCAAACGGGAAUUUUUAAUCACACUGCAUAGCUCCUCCGCCAGUUAUCUGCCGAUAAAAUCCUGGCCUAUUGCAAGACUCUUGCUACACAUUGAUGAAUAACUCAGCAUGGAUGUGCAACUUUGUAUAACAGUAUUUGGGAAACUUUCAUGAACUUACUUGAAAGUAGUAAUCUAUUUGGCCUGGUGUGGCUUCUUUAUUGAUGUAUUUAGAGUUUGCUGGUAGAUCAAAAAGUAUUUGACUUCUUUCAUGUUCUGUGAUCAUGUAACUUCCAAUACCAAAUGUGCAAUCAAGAAGUUUGACAUAAAUAUUUAUUUUAUCUCUUAAUUAAAUCCAAAUGUAUGGGUCCUAUCGUUAUAUUACUUUAUAAUAGUUUGAAUGCUGGUAAGCCGGUGCCUCAAAAUGUUAGUAUUGUUUGCAGAAAUGACUGAUGAUUUUAUGUAGUGAGUUUUCAUUGUGUGAAUAAUUGGGAGGAUAGCGAGAGAAAUCUGUUUGAAAUCUUAAGGUCCUUGAUUUUGAAUUACUUUAGCACUCGACACUUUUUAUGCUUUAAAUUUUAGAUUAGGUUGGAAAAUUUGUUCGUCCUUCGGAUUUUUCACCACCCUAGACCUUCUUUGUUUGUUUUUUUUUAAUACUCAGCAUUUGCUUCUACUACAUGGCAAAUUAUCACUGGAAAACUGAUUUUAACGCUUCCAUAGCCAUGAGUAAAACAUGGUUGUCAGCUAUAUUAUGGCCACAUAGACUUCAGAAAGCUUUCUGUUCCAAAAAUGCAGACCUCUGCUGCUUGAACUAAGCAUAAUUUCCACCAGUGGUAGUAGACCUUAGAGGGCCAGCCACCGGUGGGGCGAUGUGUUUAUUCCCAUAGGAGCACGCCGGCCAGAUCAUCCUCCAGCUGAGGGCAGUGGUACAACCACCAACUAUUGCUGGAAGUUACACUCUGCGGUAUUCAGUUAUCUUGUACAUAGGCAGAAAAGGAGAUGUAGGACAGCAGUGUAAUAAUAUGUUGCCUUGAGUCUACUUCUAACUGCUUUUAGAAGUAAAAAGCAGGCUCUGCUGAAAUGGAGCUCUGGUUACUACGGGCUAGAUCUUCAUUUAGUACAGAUAUCUAAAUGACAUCAAAGACAAUUACCUUUAGAACUCUUCAAUAGCCAUAUUUACAUGCAAGAAAAUGGCUGCAAAGGCCUAACAUAAUAUUUGUACCUCUGUAAGACUUACAGCUUUCAUGUUUUAUUCAGACAACUUACACAGACGUGCUGGGCUACAUUUCCAAACUUUUGCACGGGAUAUGCGCUACUGGGAACAGGGGAACGUGCGCAUGUCUGCGUGCUGUAGAAAUCACGUGCAGAUCUACAUGCGUGUCACAUGUAAACUGGGUGCAGAUGCUUUUGUUGAUUUAUACAUUGUUUGGAGGACUUUUUGAGUUACGUGGCAUUCCAAUAUACUCAAGCAUUACAACUCUUCUGUUAAAACGUGCAUUUGGAUAAUUAGUAUAAUAUAUGUGUAUAUCAAAAUGAACUAACUACUUUAUGUAAUCAUAAUGGUAUUUACUGCUUAAUUUACAGCUUGUAGAUCAAAAUGUAUUUCCUAACUCUUGGAAAAGGUUGCCAUUGUAUACCAGUGGCAAAGAAGGAAAAUUGUAAAGCAACUCAGAAAAGAUUGUGCUUCCAACCAGUUCACAGCGUAAGACACGCUAGGCCUGAUUCACUGUUCUCACUUUAUGUUGGAAUAACUGCAUUAAGUGGGAUAAUGGUAGUGCACUAAGUAAAUUUUCCUUUCUUCCAUUUAAAAAAAAAAAAACCAAAACCAGAUUUAACUGAGGAACAAGUUUUCUAAAGAUCAGGAUUCAUCAGUGUUCUGCAAUGCCAAUUCGAUGAGUUUGUUCAAAGGAGGGCAGCUCCAGUCCUAUUCUAGCUACAAAGGUAAUUUUGUCAGCAUGAGUAGUCCCGCUGAACUCAGUAGGACUGUACAAGCAUGUGCGUUUCACAGGAUCACAGGCCUUUAGUGGGGAAAAAAAGCAUUUGUUCUUUUCUGUGACUGUCACUUGAAAAAUUCUGCCCCAAUUCUACAUCUGAAUAAUUUUUUGGUAAAGGUUCUCUUAUGGAAAGAAAAUCAUGCUUACCUGAAGCCUUUUAAAAAAUACUAUAAUCACAAAGUAAUUGAAAAGUUGAUUUUCCUUUAUCAUUUUGUUAUCCAUUUUGCCUGUCAUUGCUUCCGUGGCCAUCAACUUGACAUCUGUGGAAGGAGCCUCUCUCACAAUUAAAUACAUUACCGAGGAGGUAUGAGUCUGUUAUUUGUUAAUGGGGUUUCAAAAUUACUCAUAACUCAUCCAAACCAUGUAUGUGCACUUUUAAAUUCUCCUUUGCACAUUUAUUCAUUCCUGGUAGUGUGGAUGCAGAGCAGUACGUUACAUACACACAACCUGGAUAUAUUUCA